AUCGUUGUUUCUUUAGUUAUGACAGAAUCAACAGAAGAUUUGAAAGCCGACGGUAAUCGCUUCUUUCAACAAGGACGAUAUCAAGAAGCUAUCGAUGCAUAUAGUAAAGCCAUCAUUCGAAAUCCACACGUUUCCACUUAUUUCACCAAUCGGGCGCUUUGCCAUAUGAAUUUGAAAGCCUGGGCUAAAGCUGCGGAAGAUUGCUCGAAGGCUGCUUUUUUGGACAGAAACAAUGUCAAAGCGUACUAUUUCGGCGGACGAGCAGCUAUUCAACUGGGAAACUACAACGAAGCCAUACGACUAAUCACGAAAGCAAAGGAGUUGGCUAGCACACAGAAGAUGAAUUUUGGAGAUGAAAUUCAUGCGCAAAUGCGGCUAGCACGACGAGAAAAGUUUCGAAUGAAGAGGAAAAGCGGGUCAAAGAGGAAGGCGAGCUGCAGGCUUACUUGCGAAGAGGAUGUUGCCAGAAGGAUAGCUGAAGUGCUCUCUCCCGAGUCCUCAGAAGAAGGAGGUGAAGUCAGUGAGGAGAAAACUGAGAAAGUGGAGCAAAUUACUUCAGAAGGCGAGCAGCACAAAACUCAGUUGGAUUCCCUUUUUGCGCAGAUUGACGAACGUCGGCGAAAGCGCGAAAUCCCUGAUUUUCUUUGUGGGAAGAUCUCAUGUGCGUUGUUGCAAGAUCCAGUUAUUACGCCAUCGGGUAUCACUUAUGAUCGAGCUGACAUAAAACAACAUUUGCAUCGAGUUGGCCAUUUUGAUCCUGUCACGCGUGCUCCUCUAACAGAAGCUGAUCUCAUCCCAAAUCUUGCCAUGAAAGAAGUUUUAGAGCAUUUUCUCAUCGAAAAUCCGUGGGCCAAAUACGAGGAUUUGUUGAGCUAGAUUACGUUUGCUGGUUCUGCUUUUUUUACUAAUGCAGAGAAAUAGGGUUACUGAUAGCCUUGUUACUGAAAAAGAAUCAAGCUCGACUGCAAACAGUCUGGAGUUUUACUAGUGAUGUUGUGAUUUAAUGUCUUCCUUAUACUUGUACAAAUGUAACUAUAUCUCUACUAACUUUCAUAAAUGAUAUUCGAUAUUGAUAUAAUUCAAAUGCAUGCAUUGUUUCAUUAAUGAAGUUUUGACG